AUGUUCAAACGAGUAGCCGUUAUCUUCGCGCCAAAACUCCGACCCCACAACCUCUCCUUCCCGGGGUUCAAAUUUCUCGCGCACCAACUCCUCCACUCCCUCCUCCAACGAUGCCACUCCAUGAACCACCUCAAGCAGCUCCACGCGCACCUCAUCGUCGCCGCCAUCCUCGACGAAACCCUAACCCUAGCCCAGCUCAUCUCCUUUUGCUCCCUCUCCCCCACCGGCGACCUCCGCUACAGCUGCAAACGCCUCGAACACGCACCCAACCCCAAUAAAUUCAUGAGCAAUAGCUUAAUCAGAGGCUACACCAAUCAACAUAGCCCUAAAGAAGCCCUCUUUUUAUAUGUAUGGAAAGUGUGGUGCAUUGCUUAUGGCGCAAAGAUGUUUCGACAUGAUGGUUUGAAGAAUGUGGUUUUGUGGACAUCGAUGAUGCGUGCUUCAAAGAUAAUGCUGGAUCAGGUAACUCUUAUCUCUGUUCUUAUGGCUUGCGCCCAAAAUGGCAAUUUGGUAUUUGGAAAGAAUAUUCACAAUCAAAUUAGAGAUAAUAUUGAACAACCCUCUAUUGCUCUAUUUAACUUGCUUAUAGACAUGUAUGCGAAAUGUGGUCCAAUAGAAAUUGCUUUAGAUCUUGAUGCCUAG